AUUAAUAAGUUUAGUUUGAUAUGAUAAAAUCAGACUUAGUUUAAAGCAGUCAUCACAUACAGUCAUGUCCCUUUCUUCAUGAAUUCAUAGAACAUAGGAAACUUUUAUUUAAAUCACCAAGUUGAACCAGACCAAGCAUGUCAUCAAGUAUGAAGCGUAAAGUUCUUGAAGGCAUCCGAGCAUCGACUGAUAUAAGCAAUGAUGAUGGUAGAGUUAAACGCCGCAACAAAUCUCCCGGUUCCUGUCUCACCAGGAUCUCACCUGUUGGCCACGGUCAUCCCACAGACACUAAAAUGACUGCAUUUGGCUCUCAAACAAGCUGUAGAAUACAGGACAUACCAAUGCAUUGCAGUGAGAAUGGUGAAAGCGAAGAGGUCCCAUAUAAUCUUGAUGGUAAUCUAACUGACCUUGAGGGAGAAUACUCAGAGCAUGGUAUACUCGGCUCUCAAACAAGCUGUAGAAUACAAGACAUAACAAUGCAUUGUAAUGAGAAUGGUGAAAGCGACGAAGUUCCAGAUAAUUCUGAUACAUUUCAAGACGCGGUAAUUGAAGUGGAAGAUGAAGAAGAUCUUGAGUUGAAGGAAUAUCUGGACAUUGGUCAGCCAAGUAUAAAAUGUCCCAAUUGCAAGGCAUUGAUGUGGUAUGACGAAAGGGUUUGUAAAUCACGGCACACUUCAAAUCCUGAAUUUUCAAUGUGUUGUAUGCAAGGGAGGAUAGAAAUUGCACCAUUCAAGCGACCACCUAAAGCAUUAUAUGAUUUGUAUCACAAGAAAGACAGGAAAAGCAAAUUCUUUCUUGAAAACAUUCGAUCUUUCAACAGUAUGUUUUCAUUUACAUCUAUGGGUGGGAACAUAGACAAGACAAAUAAUAAUGGCAACGCUCCACCAAUAUAUGUCUUAAACGGAGAAAAUUACCAUCGAAUAGGGAGUUUACUCCCAACACCUGGUAACAGCCCCAAGUUUGCACAACUCUAUAUAUACGACACAGAUAACGAGUUGAAAAACCGGAUGGCUGCUGUUGGGAUGGAGGAUGAUAGGGACUCGCUGAAGUCCGCAAUUGUGGAGGAAUUAAAGAACAUGUUGGACAGCAGCAAUUCGUUUGCCAAAUCAUAUAGACUAGCUCGAGAUAAAUUGCUGCAAAACAAUGCCCCUGAAAUUAAAUUGCGUAUUUUAGGGAAAAGAGGUUAUGAUGGGCGUAGAUACAACAUGCCGACUGCAUCCGAAGUUGCGGCAUUAGUUGUUGGUGAUUAUGAUUCAGCCGAUUUCGACAGAGAUAUUGUGGUCGAGGAACAAUCCGGUCUCCUAAAACGCAUAUCUGUGUUUGAAACAUCAUACUUGCCUUUGCAAUAUCCGUUGAUAUUUUCUAGGGGAGAAGAUGGCUUCCGAAGGGACAUAAAAUUCAGUGAUACUCAUACCAAGUCAGCUAUAAAACGACCUUUUGUUUCUAUGAAAGAGUGGUUUGCUUAUAAAAUACAGCAAAGAGAUCUGUCGUUUUCACACUUGGUUUUCUGUAGGCAGCUUUUCCAACAGUUUUUGGUUGAUGCAUACAGUAUGAUAGAGUCUUGGCGAUUGAAGUGGUAUAGAGAUCACCAAAAGGAAGUUAGGGCUGAUAUGUAUAAGGGUUUGUAUGAAGCAGUACUCAGGGGAGAAACAAGUCCAGCCACUGCAGGUAAAAGAAUUGUUCUCCCGUCAAGGUUUGUAGGAGGAGCACGCUACAUGAUUCAAAACUAUCAAGAUGCCAUGGCAAUUUGUGCAUGGGUGGGAUAUCCUGAUCUUUUCAUUACAUUUACGUGCAAUCACAAAUGGCCGGAGUUAGUGGUUUUUUUGAAAAAGCACGGGUUAAGGCCUGAAGAUAGACCAGAUUUGUCAGUCGGAUAUUCAAGAUAAAGCUAAACAUGUUGAUAAAGGAUAUUAAAAAAGGCAAACUUUUUGGGAAAGUUAGAGCAGUAAUAUAUACCAUUGAGUUUCAAAAGAGGGGUCUUCCACAUGCUCAUAUACUGGUCUUUCUACAACCAGAAUUCCGGUGUUCUCAUCCCAACAAGAUCGACGAAAUUAUAUGCGCAGAGAUACCAGAUAAAGACCGUGAGCCUCGACUUUAUAAUAUUGUGUCUUCUCUUAUGA